AUGGGGUUUGCAAAUUUAUUUAAUGAUUAUAAUGCUGCUCAAGUUUAUCAGGACGUUAUUCCACUGAUUGAACAGCCACGUUAUGGUUUCUUUGCUUUAGUUUUAGCUAUUCUCUUUCUAUCAAUGUCUAUAGGUGUGGCAUUCUCUGCAAGAUCAAUCGUACCAAAAUUCUUUCUAUUUACAAUUUUAAGUUUGUUUGCUUCCUUAUUUUGUGGUAUCGCAACAGUGUUCAUUUCAAAUUCAUUUGGAGUGUAUGUAUAG